CUAAUAAUUUGUUUUAUCGAUAUUUCGAACGGUCAUGAUGAGGUCAGUUUGUCGAAUCAUUCAAUAUUUUCAAAUUUCCUAUGCCAGAAUCAGAACGAAUUAAAUGUCUAUACCUGCCAGCCGAAGCGGUGGCAUGGCGUGCUUUUGGGUGGACCAUAUCUCCAAGCCCACACCCAAACACUUUCAUCACAACACAUACGAUCUGCGAAGAAUCCAUUGGAAUGCUAUGCCGCUCUGAGAGUUGCAGCUCCUUGCUCCUUCUCCGUUGCCAGCAAGCUUGGAGGAGACUUUCAAAUCUAGUGAGGAGCAUUAAAUCCAGAUAUUAUCGUCAUUAUUUUUUUCCCCCGAGAUCCUCGCUUCAUUGAAAUGGUUAGAGCACCAUCUAACAAAUUGAAGGAGUUUUGUAGUGAAAUUUUCCUUGAUGCGCCCAAGAAAAUCAAUUCUUUAUUCUCCGGUACAGCAGCGACUGUGCUUCUAAAUAAUCUGAUCGAUUUCCGGGACUCCUUGGUUGAACUAAAUUGCUGCAAGAACAGAAUGAACCAUCAUAGAGUUUUACCAUUGAAAGUUAUAGCAGUAUUAUACUCGAUUUCGUUCUUUUGCAUCAUUCGCAUCAUUCGUAUGUAUUUAAAAGCUUGCGAGGAGUUCCUCGGUGAUAUCCUAGAUGUUUAAGCAUCUUCAGGAUAUGCUUUGGAGGUUGAUGGCAUUUGGGACGUGGAAAGAGAGAUGGUGGAAAGAGAGAUGAUAGUACAUGGUAUUAAAGUUUAACAAAUUCCUCGAUGAAACAGCCGACGAUAAUGAAUGUUAGAGAUGUCAAGUAAUACUGUUAAGGACAUUUGUUUGAUAAUGAUUUAGAAACCUGAAAGGAUGGGAAAGAAGCCAGGAGGGACGA